GAUGAUCUUGAGGAGGAACCUGGUACUGAAAGGCGAACCGAAGUUUCUCACUCUAACACUGAGUCGCUCCCGGUGCGUUUUACCUUUCCCUCGUUCGAAGAGCUGACAACAGGCUCAAGGAGUAAUGCCACCGCUUACAGCAACGUCUUUGACUUAGCGGAGUGCGCCCUGGUAAACCACACACAUGACUGUUUUCUGAAGGCAUAUAAGUUGAAUGUAAAGGCCAGCCUCGGGGACCUCACGGUUGUACCGAAAAGGGGCCUGGGACGGAAAAUCUCAGUGACAAUCGGCGACUAUCUCCAGCAAGGGCCAAUCGGGCAUACUGUUGCUUUAGUGGACACAAAGCAACAAUGUGUUCAUUAUGGAGAGAUUGAGCAAGUGGGGAAGGAGCAAGUGGUUCUGUUUCACAACUGCGUGGAAAUAAUAAACAUACCUACUACCUACGCUUAUACGAUGGUGGACACCAACCUGAAGGCCAGCUUUUGUUUGGAGCUUUCAUCUGUCCUUGCAUCAAGAAGGGAAUCCUUGUUGUUGCGUAAACUUUGGCUUGGUGCACGUGACCCCGUCGGUGGAAAGAGAUCGAGUUCAAUCCCUGGUCUUCAGUGUAUCGAAACACCGGCUGUAUUUGAUAGGAGCCAGUCUGAAGCUUUCCGUGCUGGAGUUUCUGAAGAAGUUGCUCUUAUCCAUGCGCCAUCUGGUUGUGGAAGCAAGACUCUUUUGAAGGCCAUGGUGGAUUACUUGUGCUUGAACGAGCAAUCCCUAAACAAGCAGCCUCUGCUGCUCAUUGUAAAAAACCCUCUAGAACUUCAAGUGAAGCUAGGAUGGACCUCUGACGAUGUCUUCAACAUGAACGGCGAGCCAAUGUACCAGGUGAAAAAGGCUGCGCAAGAAUCCUUCGAAGCUGUCAUGGCAUUAGGGGAAGUCAAAGCCACCUCUGCCAAGGUGCGUGAUUUGCUACUGCAGAUGUAUGACGCUGAGACGACUAUUUUACACCAGUCUUUAUUCGAAGGAAUCACACGAGCGUUCUCUUUGAAAAGAAAUGAAGAAAAAAAUCUUGUCCAGGUUUGGCUUUUUGAUAACGUAAGAUAUGAAGAAAUGAGAAGUAGCGUAACGCAAGCCGAGUUUGGACGGUUUCAGGAGCACUGCAAACGGCGUCCAGCAAACAAAGGCGACGCAGCCGCUGAGCCCAUAAACGAAAACGUCUGCUUUACUUUCAACAGGAGCUCAGAAGAAUGGUCUGAUCCGGAUGAUCAGACGUUUAUUCCCCGUGACAGAAACUCCUUGAUGAGUGCAUACGUCUGGAAGACUUUAGUUGCUACCGAUCCCAAUGCGGACCUGAUGUCUGUCAGAAACAUCCGCGAACUUGGGUUGACCGACCGUUGGAGACUCUACAAGCACUGGGUUGCACUUUUCCUCAAAAUGAAGGAAAACGAGCUCAGAAAAACGCUCGAACACCUCGCGACUUCCACUGAGCGGUAUAAGCAAGUUUGGAUGGAAGGCAGGACAUGCUUGAAGCUAAGUCAACCAGUGAUAAUGGCCUCACCAGUCACUGCAGUCACUCAUCGCUCUCUUCUUGAAGUCCUAAGGCCUCGCGUGACAAUCGUGUGCGAUGCUACUUCAAUUGAAGACUUCUACAUACCUGCUCUAAUUCCACAAAGCAUCGAGAAGGCGAUCUUCAUCGGCGACGGCCUAAACCCGUACCAAGCUUCGUAUUCUUGCUGGAGACGCUUGCUAGAAUCUGAAAACUUUCUUGUGCACGAGCUGGUGUGUCAGUACUUUCAGUCUCAAGACGUGUGCACCCUUCUUUCGCCGUUCUUGAAAUGCAUCCCAAUAUCCAUAGAAGGACCACAACGGAUGAAUGGAAUCAGAGAGACUGUACAGUUCUUCAACAUUCCCGACAUCAACGAGGCUGCUUUUAUGAUCUCUCGCCUAUGCGUGCAUCUUCAGGCGUAUAAUUACGAAUCCAGUGAUAUAGCCGUGCUGGUGCUGUCGCCUCGGCAAGGUGCUGUGAAAACGUUGAAGCUGGCCCUCUUAAAACAAAAAUGCAGAUACAGCGUCUACUCAGCGAUAUCUUUCUAUCCGAGGCGCUGCAAAAUUGCGGUCGUCUACGUGGGUCCAGGGUCGCUUGGAACUCAGUUUGCAGCUGCUCUGAACAGGACUAGUUUCGCUGUGUACGGCUUCGGAGACUUUUCCAAGACUGACGAAAGCUGUCAAAACAUCCUCAAUACGGCAAAAGCGAGAAACGAGGAUCUGCUUAACGGGAGCUUGAGCCUGACGUGCAUCUGCCACCCUGGAAAAGUGAUUUUUGUCGCGUCGCGUCAUGACUUUGAGACAAAGAUAAAUAGCCACGGUUUGUGCAUAGGUCCUUGCAGCGAUGUUCUGAGUUGUGGACACGCACGUGAAGUCGUGCAUCAUGAAGGGCGCCAGUUAGUCGCUUCUUGUCAGCAGCUGUGCCGAAGGACAGUUUGUAAGCGCAACCACGUGUGCCCGAACAUUUGUUCUGUCCCUUGCACCCGGCUGUGCACUAAGCUUUCUACGGUGAAACUGCCGUCGUGCGGUCAUGAUGUAACUUUGCCUUGUCAUCAACUCGACGCUGUUCUAAACCCACAAGAGUGCCAGUUGGACGUGAACAGUUUCCCCUCAUCAAGGAAGCAGCCGCAUGAACCCUAUGAGUGCAAUCAAGAAGUAACCAAAAGACGUCCUUGCGGUCAUUCGAUUAAGACAAGGUGCUGCAUAUCACUGUUUCCCCGCUGCGAGGAAUUUCGCGAUGAUUCACUUCCAAGAUGCGGUCAUCUGGCUAAGCUAGCAUGCUACGUGUGGGAUGAUCCAGCCAGUUUGAUCGGCCAUGAGUGCACUCAGAUGGUCACGGUGAAAGCAUCAUGCGGACAUCAUUUUUCUGUUAAGUGUCACGUGCUUGUUGAAGGGCGCCCUUGUGUGCCAGAUGGACACAGAUGCACUUACGAUGUAACUAAGAAAGCUCCUUGUGGCCAUCUGGUUAAAGCAAAGUGCUUCGAGUCAGCGUCCAGCCCGUGCAAAAAAUGCGGAGAAGGCUGCCGUGAACCCUACAAUCAACACGGCUUGCAUGUUAGCGACAGAAGCGGUCUUGAUGCGAGUCCUACAAAAAUGCAGAGACCUAGCCAAGAGGCUACCACGAAGAUGGUGUCUCGUGGUGGUCUGGUCUCUGGCGGGGGAAGCACGUCUGAUGAACUCGUAAAGGUUAUAACUCGCCCGUGUGGCCACCAAAUUGGUAUCACUGGAUCGUUUAGUGGCGGCGACCCAACAUUACUGCCGUGCGACGAGAUGGUUGUGGAGCUGCGGCCGUGCGGGCACCAGGCAAGGCGACGUUGUCAUGAAACUUUGGAGCGUGAUUGUACUUUGGCCACAUCGAAGUUCUUGACUUGCGGACAUAUUGUUACGGGCCCAUGUUCGUAUAUGAGCCGUGGGACUCAUGCCUGCCGUACAUGCAAGGACCGUUGCUGCAUGAUGUGAUAUGACCGAACGCUGCGCGGAAUUCUGUGUACUGAAUAUUUGGGCGUUGCAUUGUACACGUUGAAACGAGUGAACGACAUUGUCCUUGAAAAAGAAAAGUAAAAGAAAAAGAAAGCGACACUA